AUGGACCGAUUCACUCAGUUCCCCGCCAUCAAUGACGAUGAUGAUAUUCAUAUCGUACCCUGGCAGGUGGAUGCCCAACUCCCCUCAGACAUAUUUGCUUUGUCAUGGGCAAUCUUGCUAUGCGGAUUUACAACAGAUGAGAACCCGGUUUUUGUAUUGAAUGGUGUGCCAGUCAAGGCAAAUCUAUCUGUUCGGACGAUUCACCCAGCAGAUCUGGCUGUGUCAGACCUCUCAGUCAAACACACAGCCGUAGUGUUGGGAGAUCCUCUGUUCAGUGAUGACGGACAUCCCCCGGCGUUGCGGUGGACCCUAGACCCCACUACUCAGUUGGGAGCCUUGUGUGCGACCGGAGGCAUGAAUGCCGCUUUCCUGUACCAGUUGGGCAACCAGCUGAAGCAGAUUGUACAGGAGCAGGCUGCUCAGAAGGGUAUACAAGUGACACUGUCUGCCACCGAGGUCCCUGAUUUAGCCAUUUCAAACGCCUCCCCCUCCACACUGCCAGGGCCUCAACUUCUACACGAGCUUGCCCUACGCGGGCUCAACGAUUCAAACCACGCUGUUGAAUUCCUCGCCCCGGAUGGAAACAUUCGUUGCUUGUCGUACCAUGACUUGGACCGGCUUUCCUCGGAGCUGGCAAAUAAAAUAGCUCAUGCUUCGACAACUUCGCAGGGCAUACAGAACGUUGUGCCAGUACUUCUGCCCCAGUCUGUGGAAUUGUAUAUUUCAUGGCUGGCCAUUCUCAAGGCUGGCGCAGCUUUCUGCCCCUUGAACACCGAUGCACCAACAGAUCGCAUCGAGUUUAUUCUGCAAGAUGUGGCUGCAUCUGUGGUGGUCACAAAUGAUGCUCUUGCAACCAGGAUACCGCUGAACGAGCAGGUUUCUAUUCUUACAGUAGACGAUCUUCAAACCAAUACCGAUGUCACGGAGCCAUGCUCAGAAAGCAUCACUUCCACUGAUCUGGCAUAUGUCAUGUACACAUCUGGUUCUACGGGCCGCCCCAAAGGUGUUGGGGUGUCCCAUCUUGCUGCCACCCAGUCACUCCUUGCUCAUGAUGAUUUGAUACCCCCUUUCAAGCGCUUUUUACAAUUUGCAUCUCCCACCUUUGAUGUUUCCGUGUUUGAGGUCUUUUUCCCGAUGAUGCGAGGGUCAACCCUCAUCGGCUCCGAGAGAGAGCAUAUGCUUCUUGAUAUUUCCCAUGUGAUGACUACGAUGAGAGUCGACGCCGCUGAGUUGACCCCAACGGUAGCAGGAGAGUUGCUGCGCACGCGAGCCGCAGCUCCAUCUCUCCGGGUGCUCCUCACGAUUGGUGAGAUGCUCACCAGGCAUGUGGUAGACGAGUUUGGCCAGUCCGAGGGCAGAGAUGGCAUUCUCCAUGGGAUGUACGGGCCUACCGAAGCAGCAAUCCACUGUACUGCUGCCACCCAUUUCCAAGCCAAGGACCGUGUCAAUAUGAUUGGAAAGCCCUUUAAAACCGUUUCCGCAUACAUUAUGUCACUACCCUCCGACGCGCCAUCGUCCACGGAGCUUCACCCCCUUUUAGUAGGCCAAAUUGGAGAGCUUGUGGUGGGUGGUCCUCAAUUAGCAGACGGGUAUAUCAAUCGGCCCGAAGAAAAUGCCAAGGCGUUUAUAGACAGUUCCGUGUAUGGCCGGCUCUAUCGCACGGGAGACAAAGCCCGCAUACUCCCCACCGGAGAGAUUGAGUGUUUUGGCCGAAUUUCCAGCGGCCAGGUGAAACUGCGAGGCCAGCGGAUAGAGCUUGGGGAGAUUGAGCAUGUUAUCACUCGAGCCCCCGGUGUCCGCAGUGCUGUAACUAUAGUAAUCGACGGGAACUUGAUUGCCUUUGUUCUGGUUACCGACAAGGGAACGACAGACAGCGGUCUCCGAGAUGCCUGUCGUCAGCUGUUGCCUCGGUUCAUGAUUCCUGGAGAAUUCGUGCUCGUCGACCGAUUCCCCCAACUUCCCUCGGGCAAGAUCGAUCGUAAAACACUAGAAGCUGAUUUCAUUCGCCACCGAAGCGCCAUUCAGGCUUCUGAUGACCAACCCUACCGAGAUGAAAAAGAAGAAUCUAUCGUUUCGAGCGUGGCUGAUGUGCUAGGCCGACGACUCUCGUCGACAGAGAGCCUGGGAGCAGCAGGCCUUGAUUCGCUAGCAGCAAUCCGUCUCGCGUCCCAUCUCUUGGAUGCAGGAAUUCGCUUGAGUGUGGCUACUCUGUUGGAGGCCGACUCAGUGGAUGGGAUCUGGCAGCUUGCCACCAGCCUUGAAGCUGCGAGCCCGACUGACGAUACUCACGCAGCACUAGAAACUAUUCUGCGGCUUGUUUCAGAUGCAGGUGCGGCAAGGGUCGACUCGCUGGGCUUGGGCGAGCAGGUUUCGGACAUCGUACCGUGUAGCCAUAUUCAACAGGCUAUGAUCUUGGAGACUGUUCGAGACAAUAAGGCAUACUGCAACUGGAUUGAGCUGGAAUUCGAGCCGUCGGUCAGUUCAACUUCGGUGAAAAAUGCAUUUGGUCAACUGGCGAGCCACAACGAGAUCUUGCGAUCUGGAUUUGUGGAAAUCGGCCUCAAAGAUCACUCAUAUGGCCGCUUCACGUGGAAUACCCUCGAGGAGCAUGUUUCCGUGCAACGGGAACUUGACUACGAUUUGGGCUUGAGUGCCGGUCACGAUGUCUUGAACCCCUUCCGAGUUCAGAUCAAGGAAGGGAAGGAUCAUCUCCGCGUGCUGGUGCAUAUCCACCAUGCACUCUACGAUGGAUGGUCUUGGCAACUCAUGCUGAAGGAUCUCAGAAGUAUCUUCUGCGGAGAGGGUCUCACCUCUAAGCCUUCAUAUAAUGUCGUCGCAAACUUUUUCAUUGAGCACAAACUGGAUAAAUCGACCACAGAGUCCUCAACCUACUGGCGUGAUCACCUACAGGGUCUUUAUCCUGCAAAUUUCCCUACAUUCCAUGGAAAUUCGGAUACUGUACAUGCUACCGACAAGGCUACCCGCGUGCUGGAAACAUCCGUAUCAAAACUUAACGAAGUUUCCCAGCAUCUUCGCGUCAGCCGGCAAACCAUUUUCCAAGCUGCGUUUUGCUAUAUUCUCUCCUCCUAUAUCGGAACCGGCGAUGUUACCUUUGGAACUGUCUUUUCAGGCCGAACUCUGCCCCUAAAGGGCAUCGAGACUAUUCUUGGGCCCUGUAUCAGAACAUUACCUACGCGCAUGAACCUCAGCAAAAUGCAAGGUGUGACCGAUCUCCUCUUGGCUAUCCAGAACAUGAACCGUAAGUCGCUCGAGCAUGGCAGUCUUCCUCUUCAGGAUAUCAAGAAGGCUUCUGGUAUCAACUUGGAUCGCAGUCUCUUUGACACUGCACUCGUGUGGCAGGAAAGCAUUUGGUCGGAUGAUGACCAGGGCUCGGUGUUCCGGGAAGUUGGAGCGGGGGAGUUCCUAGAAUUUGCACUUUUGCUGGAGUUUGAGCCGCGAGAAGAAAACAUCUUUGCCCGGGCGACUUACCAAAAGUCCGUGCUACCAUUCGAGCAAGCUAUGAUACUUCUCGAGCAGAUUGAUUCCGUGGCUUCAAUCUUGAUCGAUAAUAUUAAUCUUCCGAUCCAGGAGAUCCCAUCAUAUCUUCCCUCGUCAACGUUGUCUAUCCAACAUGCAGCAUCGCCCGAGCAAGUCGAUCUGCCAAGCUUGGCAUCAAGUGUCGAGAUGAUUGCCUCUACAGACCCCGACCGGGUAGCAGUUGAAAUGAUGCUCUGGAAGCCAGAAGCUCCUGCUCCGUUGGUCGAAAGCAUGACUUACGGUCAACUAAACUCCCAAGCCAAUGGCUUUGCACACCUUUUGCUUCAUGUCGGAGUGACAAAGCCCGAUUUAAUAGCCAUUUAUCUGACAACUUCCCUUGACUUUUACGUUGCCGUGCUUGGAGUUGCCAAGGCCGGUGCUGGUCUCCUCUUACUUCCCCGGGCCUCUUCAGAUAUGAUUCAUUCUAUUCUCUCCAUGGCGAGAUUCAAGUUCUGUAUCGUCGACUCCUUGACGGAAAAGAACCAUCGCUUGGAUUCUUUAAAGUCCGUUCAACUGAUUCACAUCUCUUAUUCGCUGGAUAUAUAUCAAGAUUUCAAUAUUCCCUAUACUAAUGAAGGAUCUGAUGUUAUUUAUGCUGAAGUGACGGUAAUUGAAAAUGACUUGACGGAAAACAUCGUCAUUUCACGCCAAAACUUGCAGAGCCAUAUCAAUGCUCUUUCAGAGUGGUAUCCAACACCAACCGGGUCGAAAAUGCUAUCAUGUCUUCAAGGAUCAGGUGCAUCAAUUUGCCAGGCAUUCUUCGCCUGGCACGCCGGCAUGACAUUGUGCUCAGCUACAGACGUAAUCAUGAUGACUCGCAUCGAGAAAGCCUGUCAAGACAUGAACAUAACGCACCUUCACUUGCCUCCCAUGCUGGCCUCUCGCAUUGAUCCGCAAGCCGUUCCCAGUGUGCAGUACCUCCUCUCUUCGGGCGAAGAGAUGACCCCCAAGCUCCAUCGCAAUUGGGCUGGCAAAGGUCUCCAUCAAGCAUACAGCAACCACGCACUGGCUCACAUUUGUACUAUCUAUCCCAAUACGCAAGCGUCAACCUAUGUUCGAAACAUUGGUAGACCUCUGAAGAACACAUCUGCGAUGGUUGUGGCAGAUGGAGAUUCACUCGUUCUUCUUCCACGCGGCGCCAUUGGAGAGCUAUGCUUUGGCGGAGAUCAAGUUGGGCGCUGUCUACCCGACACUGAGGCAUCAGUGACUGGUCGAUUCAUUGAGCAUCCUAAAUUCGGUCGUAUCUAUAGAACUGGUGAUCUUGGAAGGCUGCUUCCUGAUGGUACACUCAUUCUCUCCCGAAGUUCUGACCUUGCACAGUCGUAUUCUCCAUCCAUUGAUCUUGAUGAAGUUGACUGUGCUCUUAUGGCUUUGGACAUGAUUCAAGAAUCAGUGAGCUUGGUUUUGAAUGACCCAAAACUGAGUCAGAAGGCGCCACUGGCGGUAUUCUGGGUUUCUUCAACGAAAUGCUCAGAUUCUGUACAAAUUGAGGAAGCUACGAAUGAUCUUUUCAAGGAGCUCACGAAUAAACUUCCUUCUUCUAGCCUUCCAUCGCUUCUUGUUCACGUGGACGCGAUAGAUCUCACCAUGUCUUACAAGACCGAUCACUUUAUGCUGAGGCAACGGUUGGAGCAACUGACAACGAAAGAACUUGCGGUGUUUUCACCAAAGCUAAAUGCCAAUGAUACUGGUGACAGUUUCACCGAGCUUGAGAAGACUAUAUCUAUCACACUAUCGGCAGUUACUGGCACCGCCCAAAGCAACAUCCGCAAACACACAUCGUUCUACAGACUCGGUCUGGACUCGCUUGCUGCCAUUUCCUUGUCGCGAAAGCUGCAGGAGUCUGGAUAUGGAAGGCUUUCUGUGUCCACAAUCCUGCGCCAUAGCUCUAUUGCUCAACUUGCAGCUGUCAUUUCUGCCACGACCGACGAGGAUCGGUCCGAAGAGGCUGUGAUGCCCGCGCCACCAACAGUUUUCGAUGAAAUCUUCACUCGCCAAGUAGAAGAUGAGUUCAAAGCUGCAGCCCUAACCGUUCAGAGCAUUUACCCUUGCACUCCACUCCAGGAGGCCAUGCUUGCAGCUGAGUCUGGUGGUCGUUCAGCUUAUUUCAACCACCUCCUGCUUCUUGUGCACACCAAUGCUGAGGACAUGAGGGCGGCAUGGACCAAAAUGAUGCAAAGACAAGACAUCCUUAGAACCUGUUUCACGCAAACCAAUGAUAAGCGGUUUGCAUAUGCUCAAAUUGUACUGGAUACUUUGGUCUUACCGUGGUCUCAUAUUGAAACUUCUUCUUCUGAGCUUGAGAAUGUUAUCAAAGAGAGCAAGUCCAAGUUUGAGGGUCUUUCUCCUGUCAACGGCCAGUUGCCCUACUCGCUGACUUUGAUAACCGAUUCCAAUGCGCAGAAGACACAUCUUCUGCUGUCCAUCCACCAUGCACUGUAUGACGGAGAAGGUAUCGCUCAGUUAUUGCAUGAGCUUCAGCUAUUGCUUUCAAGUCAAGAAUUGCCGGCAAACGCGCCAUUUCGCAACUUCAUCGAUUACAUGACCUCUCUUGAUUAUGGCUCGUCGGAUGAAUACUGGGACCAGUACUUGUCCGGUGUUUUCCCGACCCUCCUUCCCACACCCGAGCCCGCAGCAAAUGCAGAUGAGUCGGCAUCACAGCAGAUCCAUACAUCCCUAAAUGGUUCUUUCAUAUCGUUCAAACAACAAUGCAAAGACCUCUCCGUAACUCCUUUGAACAUCUUCCACGCUGCGUGGGCCAGACUGCUCUCUCUAUACACCGAUUCCUCCGAUGUCUGCUUCGGCAAUGUCUUCAGCUGCAGAACCGUUCCCUUGGAUGGCGCAGAUCGGAUAGUUGGGCCCUGCUUCAACACACUCCCAAUUCGAAUCAAGCCCUCCUCAACUGCAACGAAUAGUGACAUCAUGAAAUUGUCCCAACAGAGCAAUAACGACAUUUUGCCUCACCAACUCAGCCCUCUACGGCGUAUUCAACGGCGUGUCCUUGGCGAUGGCUCUCGCCUCUUCGACACGCUGGUCAUUUUCCAGAACAGAAAUACAUUUCUAGAUUGCAGUGUCUGGGAAAUUCUUCAGGACGAAGGAAACAUGGGGUUCCCCUUGAUCUGUGAGAUCGUUCCCGAUGAGUCUGCCGAUAACAUCAAUAUCUGCCUCCACUUCCAAGUAUCGCAUAUCUCGCAAGCCGUGGCUGAGACCAUUGCGCAGGACUUUGUGGCCCUUGUUGAACACAUCACUCAAUACCCAUCUAGUCAGGCAUCCGAUAAGUGGCUAUUGAGGAAACAUAUUCCUCGAGUCUUUGAACAGAAGGUAUCUAAACCGACCAACUCUGUCCAAUUCUUCACCAAAUCUCGCCAAAAGCGCCCUUGGUCCUACCAGGAGGAGAUUGUUCGCGAAAUUCUUUGCAAUCUCUCCGAUGUCAGCUCGGAUAAUGUGUCCCAAGACACGACGAUCUUCCAACUUGGGCUGGAUAGUAUCAAUGCUGUGCAGGUAUCGGCCAAGCUGCGAGGAUUAGGGUAUAAUAAGAUCUCAUCGAGUGAUAUUCUCGAGGCUGCCUCUAUUGAUCAAAUUGCUUCUCUUCUUACUUCAAGCGCGAAGGUUGUUGAGGAAAUUGAGUUUGACUUUGAACUUUUCCAAACCCAUCAUUUGCAAUCAGUUUGCGAACAACUUGACAUUUCUUCGCAAAUAGUACAGUCACUUCGCCCUUGUACGCCAGUUCAAAAUGGAAUGCUGGCGAUGUUUACACAUUCUCAUGGCUCCGUGUACUUCAAUCGAAUGGCCUUGAGAUUCCCAGAACCUUUGGAUAAGAAGAUUCUGAAAGAAGCAUGGAUUAAGGUUAUGGCUCAGCAUGAGAUGCUUCGAACAGGCUUUGUCCAAUUGCGCGAUCAGCAGUAUCCUUUUUCUAUGAUAACUUACUAUGAAAAUAUCGAAGUACCAUGGUGCGAGACCUCGGCUUCCAUCACACACACCCCUGGUGUUCAAGAAAAGCACGCCUUGGAAAAUCUUCACCAGCCCCCAUGGAGCAUUGAAGUUGAGGCAGGUGACAACGCCAGUAUCAUGCAUUUCUCUGCAUUGCAUGCUAUCUACGAUGCUCAGUCUUUGGCUACCAUAUUUGCAGACGUCAGAGCAGCAUAUGAUGGAAAGGUCCUGGCUACGCCGGCACCAAUUACCGCAACCCUCGGUCCUAUCCUUCUUGAAAGCAACAACCAGAGUGAAUCUGCACGAUCGUUCUGGAAAGAACUGACUCCAGAAGUGCAACCCUCCAAAUUCCCCGACUUGCAUCCCAUCCGCACAGAUGAGCGUACAUUGCUCACCACCUCCAUCCAUUGUGCAAAGUCUCGCAAGGCUCUUGAAGAUGCCUGUCGAGAUAUCGGUGUGACACUACAAGCAGCGGGGCAAGCCGCAUGGGCUCGCUUGUUGUCUGCAUACACGGGCGAGUCCAAUAUCACAUUUGGAACCGUGCUAUCGGGCAGGAACUUAUCUGCCGCUGCUCAGCAUGCGGUAUUUCCGUGUUUAGUCACAGUGCCAACCUCUCUGCGUAUUGAGGGUUCCAACCGACAGCUUUUGGACCGCACGCUGAAGCGGAACGCUCUUUUGAUGAAAAAUCAGUUCGCGCCUCUGUCGCAUGUCCAGCGUUGGCUGGGUAGUGAUGAGCCACUCUUCGAUACGCUGUUUGUUUAUCAGAAGUUCAGUUCGGAUGCAGUUGGUACUGAUGGGUGGAAUAUUAUCGACGAGGAGACGAAGAUUGAUUAUCCUGUCUCUGUUGAGUUGAUUCCGCACUCGACAGAUCUGAAGAUCUCGUUGAGCUACCGGAGCGAUAUUGUCCCUGUGGAGCAAGCGGCGAUCCUCUUGAGUCAAUAUGACAAGUUCUUGCAGAAUACUGUCUUCCGUCCAGAUGCCAAUUCCAACGGUCAUGAGUCUGUGGGUAGCAGUCUACUAUCUAUUACUCCUGCCAAAGAAGCACCAAUCCCUACCACGGUAUCUUUACUGCAUCAAUUUGUCGAAGGAAACGCGCUCAAGAUUCCCGAUAAGAGUGCGUUCGAAUUUGCCUUCGGUGACACUGCGGACAGCCUUCAGAAGAAGACUUGGACUUACUGUGAGUUUAAUGAAUGCGGUAAUCAAAUUGCGCAUUUCCUGCAGGCAAAGGGGGCUGUUCCUGGUGGGAUUGUAGGAAUAUGCUUUGACAAGUGUCCUGAAGCUUCUAUGGCAAUUCUGGGUAUCAUGAAAGCUGGAUGUGCAUAUUUGGCUAUUGACCCCGGCGCUCCUAUCUCUCGCAAACAAUUCAUGCUGGAGGAUUCCGGUACCAAGAUCCUGCUCUGCAAUCAAUCGAAGAUGGCGGAACUGGAGGGUCUCCCGGCUAUUGAUGUCCAGGCGCUUGAUGAGCCGGGGCUGCUUGAUGGGGUUUCAACAGGCGAUGUCUCACUCUCCCGUCCGAUCCAGCCAGAUGAUACUUGUUAUUGUCUGUAUACAUCUGGUACAACCGGAACACCCAAGGGAUGCGAGAUCACGCACGACAAUGCUGUGCAAGCAAUGCUGGCAUUCCAACGAUUGUUCGCAGGACACUGGGAUGAAAAAUCUCGGUGGUUGCAAUUUGCCUCCUUCCAUUUCGACGUCAGUGUUUUGGAACAGUACUGGAGCUGGAGUGUAGGAAUUUGCGUCACUUCCUGUCCGCGAGAUCUGCUGUUUGAGGAUUUGACUGGAACGAUACAAAAGCUUCAAAUUACGCAUAUCGAUCUGACGCCUAGUUUGGCAAGACUAGUCCAUCCCGAUGAAGUCCCGUCCCUUUGUCGGGGAGUCUUCAUCACCGGUGGAGAGGCGUUGAAACAAGAAAUCCUCGAUGCCUGGGGCAAGCAUGGUGUUAUCUACAAUGGCUACGGGCCUACUGAAGUUACUAUCGGGUGCACUAUGCUCCCACGGAUGUCUGCCAACGACAAAGCCUCAAACAUCGGGCCCCAGUUCGAUAAUGUGGGGUCGUACGUCUUCAGCCCCGGCACCACAACACCUGUCCUACGUGGUAGUAUAGGCGAACUCUGUGUCUCCGGGCCUCUCGUUGGAAAGGGCUACCUGAACCGAGCGGAGCUCACAACAGAACGAUUCCAAGAGCUCCCCGAAUUUGGCGAUCGCAUCUAUCGCACAGGCGACCUUGUGAGGAUUUUACACGAUGGGAGUUUCCAGUUCCUUGGUCGUAUCGAUGACCAGGUCAAGCUCCGCGGACAGCGACUCGAGAUUGGAGAAAUUAACGAGGUUAUCAAACAAGCCAUGCCUGAAUUGAACGAAGUCGCUACCCUAGUGAUCACGCACCCCAAACAAUCAAAGGACCAACUUGUCUCCUUUUUCACGACGGCCACUGCAGAUAAGAAAGAUCGCGCUGUCAAAGUUGGAGUCCGAUCUUCAGAAGAUGGUCGCGUCCUGCUGUCGAAGAUCAAGAGCGCUUGCCGCACUCAUCUUCCCGGGUAUAUGGUGCCUACACAUAUCAUCCCGAUGACCCGCUUCCCACUUUCUGCCAAUAAUAAGGCCGAUAUGAAAGUCUUGAAGAGUAUCUAUCAGGAGCUUUCUCUGGAGGAUAUUCAGAUAUUGAGCUCAAUGAGUGUUGGCCAGCCUACUGACAGUGUCCAUGAACAGAAGAUCAUAUCUGUUCUGGCGAGGUUUAUUGGUUCUUCUGAAGGGAAGGUCUCGUCGUGGUCCAGUAUCUACGAGCUUGGUUUGGAUUCUAUAUCUGUGAUUGCUUUCUCGAGAAGUCUCCGGGAGGCUGGGUUUUCUCAGGCUCAGCCAUCGAUCAUCAUGAAGUAUCCUACAGUUUCCGGAAUGGCUUCUGCCCUACAUCUGCCUGUCUCAUCUUCUGUGUCCGUGGAAGCCAUUCAACGAAGUGCCAAGCAAGGCAUCGAGGCUUUCGCCCACAAGAACUCGCACACUAUCAUCGAGCGUAUUGGCGAUGACAUUGAAAAGAUUGCACCCUGCACUUCGCUCCAGGAGGGUAUCAUAUACCACUACCUGUCGAGCAGCACGCCAUUAUACUGCUCAUCAUUCACUUUCGAGCUCGAUCCUGCCGUCAACCUCGAGAAUUUAUGCGCAGCUUGGGGUCAAGCCCAGAGAGAAGUCCAAAUGCUGCGUGCCAAAUUUUUGCCAUCUCCAGACGGCUACGCCCAGGUUAUCAUGAAGAAGGAUGCUCUGCCUUGGUUCCUUACUACGGCCGGCAGCAAGGAGGAGAUUGAUGACUUGCGCAAACAACGACAUGGUCACUGGACCACCCAGCUCGACGAUCUUUCAUCGAAUCUAUGGGAAGUCGGUGUCAUAUUUUCCCCCGAGACAUCGGUAAUGUGCCUGAGCAUAUUUCAUGCUAUCUAUGAUGGAAAUAGCCUGGUCCUGCUCCUCGAAUCGGUUGCCCGAAAUUAUCUCUGCCAGAGCAAGAGUUCGCAGUCGAUUCCGGAGUUCCUUGAUGUAUUGCACUUGGGUCCUCUUUGUAAAGACCCCGCUGCAAAGUCAUUUUGGAAAGAGCAUCUUACCGACUGCCGUAAUCGACCUUUCGCGGAGAACGGCCAAGUAGACAGCGCGCCAAUACUGCUCAAAGUCCAAAUGAAUUUGACAGAGCAGGUCGACCAUCUUCAUCGGUCUCUCAAUGUCACAGAGCAAGCUGUUCUCCAUGCCUGCUGGCUUCUCACUCUCCAGCAGCAAUACUCAUUUGUGCCACCACUUGGUAUCAUUGCCUCGGGCAGGACAAUCGAUGUACCAGAAAUUGCCGACGUUAUUGGGCCGCUGUUCAAUACAAUCCCCAGCAACGUUCAGCUGCAUGGCUUGGAGUCUUGGUCUGAUGUCGCUCGGCGCUGCCAUGACUACCACGUGUCCAUGAUCCCAUUCCAAUAUACCGCCCUGCGGGAUAUUGUGAAAUGGCUCGGAAAAAACCCCAACGAGCGACUCUUCGACUCUUUGUUUGUCUUCCAGAGAGAAGCUGAUAACGAUACAUCAUUUACAAAACAUCUUUGGCGUACACUCGACUCAGAGGCCCAGCAUGAGUACCCUCUGGCAUUUGAGAUUGUGCGCAAUAGCAACCAAUCCCUGACAGCCACCAUUGCCGCGAAGAGCCAUGCGGUAUCGUCGGAGGAUGCUCAGCUGAUGUUAUCCAAGUUCGAGCAAAUCCUUUCUACGUUUGCGCAAGACCCCAACAGAGAAUUGCAUAAGAUAAAUGGGGACCCUCUCACACAAGCUGUGGCGAAUGAUGAAAUGAAUGGUCACCACGAGAUUCUGAAAACACCAGUACAAAGCAAUGUUGAACAUACCAAUGGCUCUUUGUUUGAAUGGACUUCCCAAGCUUGCACAAUCCGCGAUGUGAUUGAAACCCUCGCGGGAGUAGAGCCCCAAUCAAUCAGUGAGAACACGUCAAUCUUUGAAGUUGGGCUUGAUAGCAUCGAUGCAAUCAAAAUCUCUUCACGGUUGAGCAAAGUCGGCAUCAAACUUCCCGUGAGUUCCAUCAUGCGCCAUCGUACAGUGAAGGCCAUGAGCGAGCAACUCUCAAUGACAAAUGGCCAUAUCAAAGAUGGGACAUUGCCAUUGCUCAAUCAGCUAGAGAAAUCGUUGGCCAAGUUCCUCGGGGCUGAAGGUCUUCUCCCUAAGAACGUGACUCGUAUCCUACCAGCCACUCCCAUCCAAGAAGCUAUGGUAGCAGAAAUGUCAGCCUCUGGGUACAAACAUUAUUACAACCACGAAAUUCUCGAGCUCGAGCCAGAUGUGGACAUCGGAAGGAUGGAGCAGGCAUGGAGAGCUGUCGUUAGAGCCCACCCUAUCCUCCGUACUUCAUUUGUCGAAGUCUGGGAUCCGCAGAUUCCUGUUUCGUACGCCCAAAUAAUUCACGGCGAGGAUCAACUUGAUAUCCAGACUGUGUAUCUGCACAGAGUCUCCGUGGAAUCCAUUAUAGAUACUCAGCGCUCGAGGGUCCGCAAUGAGCUGGCAGGUUUCCCCUUACUAUCCCUCACAAUUGCGGUGGAUGGAGCCAGGCGGCACCUUGUUUUGUCGAUUGCGCAUGCUCUCUAUGAUGGCUGGUCAAUCAACCUACUACAUGAAGAUGUUGCCAAAUCAUAUGCUGAUGUGGAGUGUUCACGCCCGCCAGCUGAUGACAUUCUCGAGCAAAUUAUUGCCUCGUCUGGCGAUGAAGCACUCAGGUUCUGGCGAGCAACGCUAUCGAACUUCACCCCGGUGUCAUUUUCGCCCAUGGAGCACGCUGACAAGAGCUCGGCCAUCGUUCACCGAGCAGAGCAACCGUUAGCCGUUCCACUGUCCAAGGCAGAGACGUUCUGCAAACGCCAUGGCAUUACUCUCCAGGCGCUUCUUGUCGCCUGUUGGUCUCUUGUCCUUGCCACGCAUGUCAAGAGGCUAGAUGUGGCAUUUGGGCUGGUCCUUUCCGGGCGGAACGUGGCUGACUCUGAGCAUGUUAUGUUCCCGACCAUGAACACUGUCGCCAUGCGAGUUAUUCUUCAUGGGACGCGCGUAGAAUUGGUGAAGUAUGUGCAGGAGGCUCUCCUGGCGAUGUCGGAGCAUCAACAUUUCCCACUUCGGCGCGCCAGACCAGAUACGGGAUCGCGGGCGUUGUUUGAUACGCUUUUCAUGUAUCAGAAGAGACCGGUGCAAAAUGCCCAGACUGCGUCGAGACAGGUUUUGUAUAAAUCUACUGGGGGAGCAGCUGAUGUUGAGUACCCUAUUUGCGCUGAAGUUGAAGGUGUCGGUGAGGAUCUGGUUGGGCGGGUUGCGUGUCGUGGAAAUGUUAUUGGGGAUCAAGAUACUCUUGCGCUGUUGGGGCAGAUUGGCGAUAUCCUUUCGUCUAUCAUCGAUGGCCCCUCCGAACAGACUGUCGAAUUCACCAGCGAAGGAGUGAAGAUUUGUGGAAGCGCUGCUUUCCAGGAUGAGUCUGGACAAGAUAUCGAGACGGAGGCAGUGCCCCGGAGACUCAAUCACGCACAAUGGUUGCCCAUUGAGUCAAAGAUCCGCGAGGUCCUUUCCAUUACAUCCGGGGUACCUGAAAGCUCUAUUGACAAGAGCUCCACGAUUUUCGAGCUUGGUCUGGACAGUAUCAGCGCCAUCAAGGUGGCUGCACUCCUGAAGAAACAGUCCAUCAAGCUUGCGGUCAGUGACAUGCUUCGGGCAGGUACCGUCGAAAACAUGGCCAAAGCAGCCAACAGCAAGCAGACGGAGCUCCCACUCACAAAUAUAUCGCCCAUUCUCCACGAGUCACUCGGCGGCAUCGAUGGGACGCAACUGCUACACUCGCAUGGUAUUGAUUCGCAACGAGUGCGGAAGAUGUUCCCCGCAACUGCAGGGCAGACCUAUUUCCUCUCAAUGCACAUCCUGAAUCCCGAGGUAUUCUAUCCUGAGUUCUACUAUCUGACAUCCCGACAAUUGAGCCCCGAAGUACUCGAUCGGGCCUGGGCUCGGGUCAUAGACCAGACCCCAAUGCUUCGAACGGCAUUCGUUCCCACUGCCGAUUCUCGGCUAUUACCCUAUAUGCAGAUCGAGUUUGAGGCUGUGCAAAUUCCUGUGGUCUGGCAUUCCAAGUUUGAUCGGCAUCUUGUUUCAACAAGUCUCCAGCAAGAAUUUGGGGCAGUACCGGUCGCACUGCAUGCCUGUCAAGCGAACAAGGGAACGGCGCUUAUUCUGCAAAUCCACCAUGCACUGUACGACGCUGUCAGUCUACCCCAUAUCCUAGACAGACUCGUUGCACACUGCAGUCAAGAGAAGGUUGCCAAGCCAAACCCCGACCUUGAUCUUUCACAGCUCGUGGCAUUCCACCAUGUUCAUUCGCCCGUGGGUGUCCGGCGGCAAUUCUGGCAAAAGUAUCUAGGCCAAAUCCCAACAGCGGUAAAACGAGGGGAUGGCUUCGGCUCUGUACAACAACACUAUCGACCGGGGCUGGUUUCAAAUAUGGCCAGUGUCGAAAAGGUUGCUAAGCGCCAGGGCCUUAGCGUGCAGACCGUCUUUUUAGCAGUCUAUGCUCGAGUGCAUUUGCAGGAAUUCCGUGCAGCUGAAACAGAUGACGCAGGGUCUCACAGGCGGUUAACUGUUGGAUUGUACCUUGCCAAUCGAUCUCAUUCGAUCGAGGGUCUAGCCGAAUCUGUGAUUCCCACCGUUAACAUUGUUCCAUUACGGCUGGAUGACAAACUCAGCGAUUCCAACGACACCCUCCUCGAUGCCGCCCACAGGAUUCAAACUGAAAUUAACGAGAUCAGCCGACCAGAAUACUCGGGUGUAUCUCUCGUGGAAAUUGCCGAAUGGACGGGCGUCCGGAUCGACACUUGCAUCAAUUUCCUGCGACUUCCUGAGCCAGAAUUGAAAGCACCCAGCAACGGAGACGCAGAGCUUUCUCUUACGGCAGUCCAACGCGAGGAGUUUGAAGAUCUUAGCGCCCCAGUUUUGGAGGCCCCAAUCGAGAUUAAUGGCAAUGGUUUGACGCCACCGGGUGCAGCCGAGAUGAGCCCGGGCCUCAAGCAUCCGAGCGCCUCAACGGCUCAACCCAUUUUUCAGCCUACGAUUGACGUAGAAGCCGCCAUUCGCAAUGGUCGAUUAGAUUUUGGGCUCUUCGCACCAGAAUCUCGUCUUGACGGAGAUACAGCGGAGACUGUGAUCGGCGCCAUGCAACGGGAGAUGUCUGCAUUAGUGACAGGCUUCGAAUCAAUGUAG